GCGCUCUCAUCGAUCUCCACGCUCAUUUUCGUCGAUCUGCAGUAAUAAACCCUAGUUUGAUCUCUUCUCCCAUCAGGAAAUCCAUCGCCUUUCAUCCCCUUCCAACAAUUUUGAGGUUUAUCUUAAGAAUGGCGAAAGGUACCAGGGGAAGGCGUAGAAUGGCUUCAAGGCACUGCAGGGCAACCCCAUAUCCAUUGGUCACAUGUAAGCAGAAUUUAUCAGACCUGAAUGAAAAGAAAUCCAAGAAAGAUUGGGAAGAUAUAAACUGCUCGGUGUGCAUGGAGCAUCCUCAUAACGCCGUGCUUCUCUUAUGUUCUUCUCACGACAAGGGUUGUCGGCCAUACAUGUGUGGCACCAGCUCUCGCUAUUCCAACUGCCUUGAUCAGUACAAAAAAGCCUACACAAAAAUUACGGCCCCAUAUCAUGCACCAUCUUUGGCUGUCAUGGAUAACAGCCCUGUUUUGGAGCCAUUGUUGGUUGAGAAGGACGGAGAAGUGGCAGAGCUUGCAUGCCCUCUUUGCAGAGGCCAAGUCAAAGGGUGGACGGUGGUGGAAUCGGCCCGCGAAUAUCUGAAUUGUAAGAAGAGAACCUGCAUGCAUGAUAACUGCUCGUUUGUUGGGGCAUACAAGGAGUUGAAGAAACAUGUUAAGUCGGAGCAUCCUUCGGCUAAGCCACGGGAAGUGGACCCUGAUCAGGAACAGAAGUGGCGGCGGCUUGAGCGGGAGAGAGAACGGGAAGACGUGAUCAGCACUGUCACAUCCUCCAUGCCUGGCUCGGUGGUUUUUGGUGACUAUGUGAUCGAAAGGAAUUCAUAUGGGUCGGAUUCAGAAGACGAGGAGGGUUUUGAUGUGGGUGCCUUGGGGCGAAACAACAAUGGGGGAACUGAUAACAGUCUUGUGAAUGUGUUUCUUCUGUUUCAUGCAUUUGGUGCUGGUGGAAAUGUGGGGUCUUUUGGAAGUGAGAGGCGACAUGAUGAUGGUGAUAGUAACGACGAUGAUGGUGGUGGUGGUGGUGGAAUGUCAUUGGUUAACCGGCUGCGCCGCCAGGGGAGGGUGUUGCUGGGAAGGUCCGGGAGGAGGAGGCGGAAUAGAGAAGCGAACGGAAGCGAAAGGUAGAUAGGUGUAUAAAAUGGGAUGUAAAGAAGGGAAUCAGAGUUAGUUUUGAAGAGAAAUGGUGAUGAGAGUUCAAGAUCUGAUUGCCAUGGACUUCAAAUUGAAAAGAAAGAAAGAAAGUUGGUUUUCAUUUUUUAAAAGUUUGGUAGUUUCUGACCCAGAAAAUUGUUGUAAUUUGUGUGUGUAAUUUACUAUUGAUUCCCUGCCUGCUUGAAAAGCUAUGAAUUUGAACAUUCUUUAGAUUUGACAGUUGACAUCCAUGUAAAGAUUUACUGUCCUCA